AAACACAUUAAAUAUUCAUGACAAAUAAAUCAUGUGCAUUCGCGUCUUCAUAAAUACAUACAUACAAAUGUAGCUGUAAAUAUGUUAGGUUUUCGCAACGCCACAAAUAAAUCAUAAAAAGUUAAACAAAAAAAAGAAAUAAAAAUAUAACUAUUCUAAAUAAUGAAAUGCAUAAACUUCAUUCGAUUCUAGUCAUCUAAAAUGCACCAAAAGCCAUUGACAGGAUUUAUUUAAACAUUUCUAAAAAAAAUCUAUUAACGCGCCACACUUUCCAAACAUAACCUAUAAGUUGCGCUGGCGCUUACAACAAACGCACACAACGUACGAAAGCACUUGAUAUUUGGUAAUUUUCAUACUCGCCUAAAAAAACAUCAAUAAAAGCAGUAAUUUAAAGUUGUUGACCUUUAAAUUUAAUUGAAAAUGCAUUGUUUAUGCUUUAUAACUAAAAUUAAGUAUCGUAAAAAUUUAGUUAAAAAAAGCUAACUUCACGUUUUGCCACUCUCAUUGCAAGCCAGCUCACAGUUUAGGGCUCAAUGAAUAGCACUUGAAAUUUUAACUUAAAAAAAAAUAGUAAAAGAAAUUAUGGAACAGUCAUUUCAAACCUUGUGUUCUCAUUUAAAUGUUGCUUUCAAAUUAGCCAAACCACAACAAAAGGCGGGAUUCAAUUGGCAAAAGGCAGCGCGCUCGUUUGAAUGUUCACAUUUAGUGCAGCAACAGCUGGAGCUUUUGGCAUCGCUGCAAACAACAGCAGCUGCUAGAGGGUGAUCUUCCGCGAGCAACAGCGAGAGGAAUUUAAAGCAUUCGAAGAAAUAUUCAAAGCAUUUAAAGACUUAAAGCACAUUCACGCAGCUAACUUUUUGGUCCCGCAAAUGCCAGAGCGUGGUUUACGAAAAAACAACGAUUUCUUGCACACACUCAUACCUAAAGGAUCUAAAGAAAGAUAAAGGAAAUAAAAAAGUAAUUAAAUAAUUAGUAAACUUAGUUAAAUAAUUUAGCGCCAAGUAAUAUAGAAACAACUAAUUAAGCCGGUUUCUUAAAGCGUCAAGUAAACUUAGAAAUAAUAGUGCAAAAUAAAGACUACAUUUUCGAAGAUCUAAACAAAUACACACAACUAAACGAUGCUGUAAAAAUUGUGUUCCCACAUAGGAAAUAAAAAGAAGAAACAGAAGGGCGAGAAAAAAGAUAUUAGAUUUCUAGAAUCUUAAGAAUCUAAAUGAAAUAAAAUAUUAGUAAAAAAUAAAAGAAUAGAAUAAAAGAUAUUUAAAAUUAAGGACUUCAAAGCUCAAAAACUAUUCGUUUGUUACGCACGAACGUAUGCGCGAACGCUUCUAAAUCAAACAUAGCUAAUGAGUUACGCUUAUAACGUUUUUACGGCACGCGCGACGCAUAUAACGGUUGAGAUAAAAAAAAAGCGCACGCCUUAUAAUUAAUUCAUAACGACGCGCGUCGCGAGCAAAUAUUCGUUUAAAAAAAUAAAUCGGAUCCAACGGCCCCGGAAAACGGAAAUAAAGCAGAAAUCGCGAAGGGAUAGGUAACUUCUGUUUAGCGCGCAGUUUGGCACCCACUAAGUGAUAGUCUUCGACAAGCAAUGCGUUAAAGUUAGUACGGAGCACGAAAGAAAUAUUAAGCGGAACGAAAGAAAAUCCACAAAACGAUAAGAGCGUAUAAAAGAAACAAUUAUAAUAAGACAAACAAAAGAAAGGAAGCAGCAGUUAGACAGUGUAAGCAAUUGGGACACGCAGCUGCAGCCAAGUGGAACAAAUUUGAAGGCAGCAAAUCAAAUACUUGCCGUGCUGGCUGCCAAAGUUGGGAAGAAACGAAGCUGCAGUCACCGUAAAACCAAAUAACCGCAGUACGUCUGAGACCACAAGAAGUUGUUAGGCUAAAGUAAAUAGCAGCGGCAAGUUAAAUCAAAAGUCAUAGUGCAGACACGAGCGGCGCGCCGUGUACUGUAAGUAGCAGCUGCUGAGAGGAGGCAGAGAACAGUUCGCCACGAACGAAUACAUUUGCGCUGCCACAAAACUACCGCCACAGUGUCAACGAAGCGCUGAUAUGCUAACUACAUAAGCCCUCACAGCACCCUCACACUCACACACACAAUUUUAAGGGCGCCCUGCUAUCUUCCACCGCAGUUAUAUAAAUAAUAUUUUCGUCUCAUCAACUAGUAGAGUUGAGAAGCUUUGGAACAUCCGCUGAAUCGCAAGCGCCUACUUUCCACGCGGGCGUAGCCGAAAAAAGGCGACACAUCCCCAACGCUGUUAAGCGCAGGGAGUCAAAACGCAAGCAAUAUUCAAAGCGUGAAACAACAGCGCGCUGCUGCAACGCGCCACGCUAAUUGGACAAGCAAAGUCAAGUGAAGUGUGGUUGAAACGGAGAACGGAGAAGCGCCUGCUGCCACCACGCCGCGUUGACGCGUCUACUCUCGGCACAGCUACCCACUCGAACACACAAUUGCGUCGCCGAUUUGUUAGCUUUGUUGCAGCUGUUGUGUAAACUGUCCGCUGCUGUGUGGAAAAGCGCGCAACAUUCACUUGCCCCCGUCCAUCCUCUCUUUCCGCAUCCGCUACCGCCAUCGCUGUGUAAUUGGCGCGUAUAUUGAUUAAGUCACAAGUGUCGCGCGGCUCCCAGCGACAAUCGUCUUCAGUGUUUCACCGCGUGUGCUGUGCUGCGCUGCGCUGCGUCUAACCCCACACUACGCCAUAUCAAUCGGGGUGAUAACCGGCUUGUAUUGACAUUUGUGGUUAUUUAUACAUUAGUCCCAACGCUGCUGGUGUGCUUCCAUUUACACGUCCAUUUACGUGUGCUAUUGUCUGUUACGUGUCCCCCGCCGAAACCGAAUUUAACGCACCUGAGUCCGAGUCCGUGUCCGCGUGCGCGUUCAAAUCUACAUUCGUUUCCUUGCCUCAAUCGCCAAAUUGUUGUCGCACGCGGUAUCAUUCGUCUUAAGCGUGCAAGUCAAUCAUCAUUUGUGUUGUGAGUGAACAUCGUUUGUCUCGUUGCAUCGCGCCAUCAAAGAGUAAACGAUUUCGCAAAAUUCACCAGCAACGCACCUCAAUCCCAACCCAGCCCACCUGUGCACCUGUAACUGCUAGUAAUUGUACUGAAUCAACAACGACUCCUACUACUAUAUACCCGCCCGCCCGCAACAUCGACAAUAGUUGUACGUGUUUUUGUACGAUAGCUGAAAGCCAAGGACAUGGACCCGUCGCUGCUUGUCGUGUUGAUCUUUCUUGUGAUAAUUAAAGAAAGCUGCCAAGGACCACACGAAAAACGUCUACUUAACCACCUUCUAUCCACCUAUAAUACACUCGAACGACCCGUAGCGAACGAAUCGGAACCGCUAGAAGUCAAAUUCGGCCUAACACUGCAACAGAUUAUUGAUGUGGACGAGAAGAAUCAACUUCUUAUAACCAAUCUUUGGCUUUCGUUGGAAUGGAAUGACUAUAAUCUACGAUGGAAUGAAACUGAAUAUGGAGGCGUGAAAGAUCUGCGGAUAACACCGAAUAAGCUGUGGAAGCCGGAUGUGCUGAUGUACAACAGCGCGGAUGAGGGAUUCGAUGGCACGUAUCACACCAACAUUGUGGUCAAACAUAACGGCAGUUGUCUGUACGUGCCCCCUGGUAUCUUCAAGAGCACAUGCAAGAUAGACAUCACGUGGUUCCCAUUUGAUGACCAACACUGCGAAAUGAAAUUCGGUAGUUGGACUUACGAUGGAAAUCAGUUGGAUUUGGUUUUGAAUUCCGAAGAUGGAGGGGAUCUUUCCGAUUUCAUAACAAAUGGCGAGUGGUAUCUGCUUGCCAUGCCGGGCAAGAAGAAUACCAUCGUCUACGCCUGCUGCCCGGAACCCUAUGUGGACGUCACAUUUACGAUACAAAUUCGACGGCGUACAUUAUAUUAUUUUUUCAAUUUAAUUGUGCCGUGUGUGCUGAUAUCAUCGAUGGCUUUAUUAGGAUUUACACUACCUCCAGAUUCGGGCGAAAAACUAACAUUAGGCGUAACUAUACUUCUAUCCUUAACAGUAUUUCUAAAUCUUGUUGCCGAAUCCAUGCCGACAACGUCGGACGCUGUUCCUCUUAUAGGCACAUAUUUCAAUUGCAUCAUGUUUAUGGUGGCAUCAUCGGUCGUGCUGACGGUUGUUGUGCUCAACUAUCAUCACCGCACGGCGGAUAUACACGAAAUGCCGCCAUGGAUUAAAUCUGUUUUCCUGCAAUGGCUGCCAUGGAUUUUACGUAUGGGUCGCCCCGGCCGUAAGAUCACACGAAAAACAAUAUUACUAAGCAAUCGCAUGAAGGAAUUGGAAUUAAAGGAACGUUCUUCCAAAUCACUACUAGCCAAUGUGCUGGAUAUCGAUGAUGAUUUCCGGCAUACGAUCUCCGGUUCACAAACGGCGAUCGGUUCAUCAGCAAGCUUCGGUCGCCCCACAACGGUGGAGGAGCAUCACAAUACAAUAGGUUGCAAUCAUAAAGAUUUGCAUUUGAUUCUUAAAGAAUUGCAAUUCAUAACGUCGCGCAUGCGCAAAUCCGACGAUGAGGCGGAACUGAUAAGCGACUGGAAAUUCGCGGCAAUGGUUGUGGAUAGGUGA